AUGGCGACCCUGCUCCCUCCCCGAGGCACCUCUGCGUUCCGCCGCUUCACCCCGGAAUCACUGGUGGAGAUUGAGAGGCUCAUGGCGGAAAGGAAAAAGGUCGCAGAAGUAGAUAACCAUGAGGAGGAAGAGCUGACAGCCCCAAACAUUGACCUGGAGGCAGGCAAAGCUUUGCCCAUGAUCUAUGGAGACCCUCCAGCAGCACUACUCAACACACCUCUGGAAGAUAUCGACCCCUUCUACAAAGCACAGAAAACAUUCAUUGUAAUCAGCAAAGGAAACACAAUCUUCAGCAUGUUCAUCAUGUUAACCAUUUUAUCAAACUGUGCAUUCAUGACAAUGAGCAACCCACCAGCAUGGAGUAAAACUGUUGAGUAUGUUUUUACUGGUAUUUAUACCUUCGAGGCAACAAUCAAAGUGUUGUCCAGAGGUUUCUGUGUUGGAUCUUUUACAUUCCUUCGAGAUCCAUGGAAUUGGCUGGAUUUCAUGGUGAUCAGCAUGGCAUACGUCACUGAGUUUGUUGACCUUGGAAACGUGUCAGCCCUCAGGACAUUUCGUGUACUUAGAGCCCUUAAAACAAUCACUGUGAUUCCUGGUUUGAAAACCAUUGUGGGUGCUUUGAUCCAGUCAGUGAAGAAAAUGGUGGAUGUAAUGAUUCUUACCGUCUUCGCUCUUGCGGUCUUUGCCCUUGUUGGACUUCAACUUUUCAUGGGAAAUCUGCGUCAAAAGUGCGUGCGAUGGCCCAUCCCAUCAAACGAAACGGCAUUUGAAGUCUUCAACGUCACUUCCACAUUCAAUGACACUUUGGCUUUCAACAACACCCUGGAUUUUAAUGACACGGCAUAUUCCAAUAGUUCUUAUGAUUUCAUGGAAUAUAUUGAAAACAGUGAAAAUCACUAUUAUUUGGAAGGCAGCCUGGAUGCUCUCAUUUGUGGAAACAGCUCUGAUGCUGGGAGGUGCCCAGAAGGAUACAUGUGUAUGAAGGCUGGGAGGAACCCCAACUACGGUUACACCAGCUUUGACUCCUUUGGCUGGGCCUUCCUGGCCCUCUUCAGGCUUAUGACACAGGACUACUGGGAGAACCUCUUCCAGCUGAUUCUGCGGGCAGCUGGAAAGACAUACAUGCUGUUCUUUGUGGUGAUUAUUUUCCUGGGCUCUUUCUACCUCAUCAACCUCAUCCUAGCCGUGGUUGCCAUGGCUUAUGAUGAACAGAAUGAGGCAAAUCAAAGAGAGGCCAUAGAGAAAGAGGAGGAGUUUCAGCGUCUUUUAGAGCAACUCAAGAAUCAAGAGCAGCACCAAGCUGGUGGGAGUCAAGUAACCCUUGCCAGCAGGAAGUCGCUCAGCCAUCACACAGGAUCUGUAUUGGCAGACAAUGAGCAGAACCCUGGAGAUGACAACGAAGGUAUCAAGGAUUGUAAUGGGAGACUGAUCAAUCGAGUACCCUCACAGCACGAGUUUGUUACUAAAGAUGAAGACAAGGAGAAAUCUUUAGGGUCUGUCCACAGCAUGCUGUAUCUGGAGGGAGAAGGCCUGAAUCAGAGAACCGCUAGUGCUUCGACUGUGCCCACCUCAGAAGCUAUGGAAGAGCGGGAGGAGACUCAGAGGCCUUGUCCAUCUGGCUGGUACAAAUUUGCUGACACCUUGCUGAAGUGGGACUGCUGCAUGCCUUGGGUGUUGUUUAAAGAAUGGGUACACUUUGUGGUGAUGGAUCCCUUUGUCGACCUGGCCAUCACCAUCUGCAUCGUGCUCAACACCCUCUUCAUGGCCAUGGAGCACUAUCCCAUGACAUCUGAGUUUGACAACAUGCUGUCUGUGGGCAACCUGGUUUUCACUGGGAUUUUCACAGCAGAGAUGGUCUUUAAACUUAUCGCCAUGGACCCUUACUACUACUUCCAGGUUGGCUGGAACAUUUUCGACAGCAUCAUUGUCACACUCAGUCUGGUGGAGUUAGGACUGGCUAAUGUCCAGGGCCUCUCUGUUCUCAGGUCCUUCCGUUUGCUUCGUGUAUUCAAACUGGCCAAGUCCUGGCCCACACUCAGCAUGCUGAUCAAGAUUAUUGGUAACUCGGUAGGAGCUUUGGGUAACCUGACGUUGGUGCUGGCCAUCAUCGUAUUCAUCUUCGCCGUGGUAGGCAUGCAGCUCUUUGGCAAAAGCUACAAGGACUGUGUGUGUAAGAUAUCCUUAGACUGCCAGCUACCACGCUGGCACAUGAACGACUUCUUCCACUCUUUCCUCAUUGUGUUUCGCAUUCUCUGCGGUGAGUGGAUCGAGACCAUGUGGGACUGCAUGGAGGUGGCUGGAGCUGGGAUGUGCUUAGUCGUCUUCAUGAUGGUCAUGGUCAUUGGAAACCUAGUGGUGUUGAAUCUCUUCCUGGCUUUGCUGCUCAGCUCAUUCAGUGGAGACAACCUCUCAGUGGGGGAUGAUGAUGGAGAAAUGAACAACCUCCAGAUAGCCAUUGGCAGGAUCACGAGGGGCAUCGACUGGCUUAAAGCAGUCAUUAUCCAAACGGUCUUACAGCUACUGGGUAGAAAGCCCAAAGAGACUGACAAGGGCCCUACAGAGGACAUGGACCCUAAAAUGGAGGCCAUUGAGCUGAACCACUUGGACACUGGUCAGGAUUUCAAAAUGGCAGAUGGAAUACCUAAUUGCUUAGUUGAAGACCGGCCUUGUGGAUUUUUUGUGGAUGGGGAGCUCAGUCUCACUGUGCCAAUUGCUCAGGGAGAGUCAGAUUUUGAGAACUUGGAGGAUGAGGAGGAUGAAGAUGAAAACUCUGAGACAUCCGAUGAGGAAAGUAGUCAACAUAACAAGCUGAUGGGUGUAACCGAAGAUGAUGAUGAUGGAGCGUCUUCAGUAUGCAGCACAGUGGACUACCAACCCCCUGAGCCUGAACCAGAGGUAGUGGAAGAGGAAGAGCCUGAGCCAGUGGAGCCAGAAGCCUGCUUCCCAGACAGUUGUGUGAGGCGUUUUCCAUGUCUGAAUGCGGACAUCACUCAAGGUAGAGGCAAGAUUUGGUGGAAUAUCCGUAGGACCUGUUUCACCAUUGUGGAGCAUGACUGGUUUGAGACCUUCAUCAUCUUUAUGAUCCUCCUCAGCAGUGGAGCUCUGGCCUUUGAAGACAUAAACAUAGAAAGACGGCGAACCAUCAAAAUUAUCCUUGAGUAUGCUGAUAAGGUUUUCACCUACAUCUUUAUCAUUGAGAUGCUUCUAAAAUGGGUGGCAUAUGGCUUCAAGACCUACUUCACCAACGCUUGGUGUUGGUUAGAUUUUUUCAUUGUGGAUGUCUCCGUGAUUAGUUUAGGUGCCAACUGGUUAGGCUACUCUGAACUUGGACCAAUCAAAUCUCUACGAACACUCAGGGCCCUAAGGCCUCUCCGUGCACUGUCAAGAUUUGAAGGGAUGAGGGUAGUGGUGAAUGCUCUUGUUGGGGCCAUUCCCUCCAUCUUCAAUGUGCUGCUGGUUUGUCUGAUCUUCUGGCUCAUAUUCAGCAUCAUGGGAGUCAACCUGUUUGCUGGGAAGUUCUACCGCUGCAUCAAUACGACCACUGAGGAGCUUUUCCCACUCACUGAGGUCAACAACGUGAGCGAAUGCAUGGCAAUCAAGGAGGCCACACAAGAGGCCCGCUGGGUCAAUGUCAAGGUCAACUACGACAAUGUCGGACUUGGGUACCUUUCUCUGCUUCAAGUGGCAACAUUCAAAGGUUGGAUGGACAUCAUGUAUGCUGCAGUUGACUCACGAGAGGUGGGAGAGCAGCCUUCCUAUGAGAUCAACAUCUAUAUGUAUAUAUACUUUGUCAUCUUCAUCAUCUUUGGCUCCUUUUUCACACUUAAUCUCUUCAUUGGUGUAAUUAUUGACAAUUUCAACCAGCAAAAGAAAAAGAUAAACAAGGACAUCUUCAUGACUGAGGAGCAAAAGAAAUAUUAUGAGGCCAUGAAGAAACUGGGUUCCAAGAAACCACAGAAGCCAAUUCCACGACCGCUGAACCCAAUACAAGGCAUGGUGUUUGACUUCAUCAGUCAGCAGUUCUUUGACAUCUUCAUCAUGGUCCUGAUCUGCCUCAAUAUGGUGACCAUGAUGGUAGAGACAGACAACCAGAGUCCAGAGAAGGAGGACUUGCUGUUUAAAAUCAACGUUGCCUUCAUUGUUGUCUUCACUGGAGAGUGUCUGUUAAAGAUGCUUGCACUGCGACACCACUACUUCACUGUAGGAUGGAACAUUUUUGAUUUUGUCGUGGUCAUCUUGUCUAUAUCUGGUAUAAUGCUGUCAGACCUCAUAGAGAAGUACUUUGUGUCGCCCACUCUGUUCAGAGUGAUCAGACUGGCUAGAAUUGGCAGGAUUCUGCGUCUUAUCAAAGGAGCCAAGGGAAUUCGGACGCUGCUUUUUGCUCUCAUGAUGUCACUUCCUGCCUUAUUUAAUAUUGGCCUCCUGCUCUUCCUCAUUAUGUUCAUCUUCUCCAUAUUUGGCAUGUCAAACUUUGCUUAUGUCAGAAAGCACGCUGGAAUCGAUGACAUCUUUAAUUUUGAGACUUUUGGUGGUAGCAUUAUCUGCCUGUUUCAGAUCACAACCUCGGCAGGAUGGGAUGGGCUUCUACUCCCCAUCCUAAACAGGGAGCCUCCAGACUGUGACCCAGACAUCGAGAACCCAGGCUCGGAUGUAAAGGGUAACUGUGGCAACCCAGGUAUGGGCAUCAUGUUCUUCUGCAGCUACAUCAUCAUCUCAUUUUUGGUGGUGGUCAAUAUGUACAUUGCCAUCAUCUUAGAGAACUUCAAUGUGGCUCAAGAGGAGAGUGGCGAUGCACUGUGCGAGGAAGACUUUGAGAUGUUCAAUGAGACCUGGGAGAGGUUUGACAUUGAGGCAACUCAGUUCAUUGAGUAUAGCCGGCUUUUCGAUUUUUGUGACGCUCUGCAGGUACCGCUGAGGGUGCCCAAGCCCAAUCGGCUACGUCUGAUCGAAAUGGACCUACCCCUGGUGAUUGGAGACAGGGUCCACUGCCUGGAUAUCCUUAUGGCCGUCACUCAGAUGGUCUUGGGAGACACAGUGGAAAUGGCAGCAAUGCGGGAGAGCAUUCAGACUAAGUUCAUCAUGAGCAACCCCACCUCGGACUCCUUUGCACCCAUCACCACAACGCUGCGCCACAAAGAAGAGGAGUUGGCUGCUAUGGUCAUUCAAAGGGCUUACCGCAAGCAUCUACUGAAGCGCUCCAUACGUCAUGCCUCCUUUAUUCAACGAUCCAAAAGGCUAAAGAAAAGGGAUGGCAAUGAAGAACGACCAGAAAAAGAGGGGUUGCUGGUGCAAAAGAUGGAAGUACUCUAUGGGAGCAUCAAGGACCUUGCAGAGGAGAUGGAACAGGCUUUGUUACAAGCUCUACCAAGCUCAGAGUCAGUCAAGCCAGAGCCUCUGCCAUGUGCCACAGACUUCCAGAAUGGGCCGGAGCCCACUGGGCCGAAUCUCAUUGUUGUACCUGUAGAGAUAACCAGUGAGGUCUUACUACACUCUGCCCCCCAUCGAAAGCCCUUUACCUCUGGGGAAAAUUUACGAGAGUCGUUUGUAUAA